AAAAAACUCGUCUUACUGGACUACUGUCGAUUUUGUGUUGCAUAAAACAAUCAAGAGAGAUGGACAGAGUCAUGGAGCUCAAGGGUUUUUCGGAUGCAGGGCAUCACAAGGUGCCCUACCCCUCACCUCUUACCCCAGCUUAUGUAAGAUUGGGUGUUGAUGGUAAGAAGGAAAUGUCAGGUCAAUAUGAGGUAGAAGAAGCAUGCAGGAGUUUCGAGAACUAUCUGGUGGAGAUGAUCGUGGAAGAAGGGAAGAUAAAGAAUUUGAUGGAUGUAGAAGAGCUUCUCUACUGCUGGAAGAACCUGAAGUGCCCAGUUUUCAUCAAUUUGGUCUGCAGGUUCUAUGGAGAACUAUGCAAGGAUUUAUUCUCCAAUAGCAGCGAGGAAGACAUUGAGAGUCCAAAAUCACCACGUUACUAAUAGCCUUCCAU